AUGUGCAAAUACAUCCAGUAUGUUUUCUCGGGCUGCUGGGGAGAUACGCGCACUUGCACCGGCAACAUCGAGCCUGUGAACAUCGAGCCAUGCGAACAAGCUGCCGCGCAAGAAGCUCCUCCCUGGCAAUUGGGCUAUGAUCGCCUCGGCCUACAUGGAGACUUUUGCAUCCCGGAUAUCGAGUACCGCUACAUCCGAGGGAGAUGCUCCGAACACGAGAGCCCGCUCUCCGACGAGGAUGGAGUACUUCAGAGAUAUGAUCCGCGAUCACCGGUGAACAAUGUGUUUGAGUCUGCUAAUUCGCCACAGGAUGACUACACGUGGCACGUCGAAGAGGCUCCUUGGACAAACGUCCUGUAUCGUGAGACUGACUGGAAUCCCGUCCCACGGCCCGUUUCGCUUGAUCCUCCUCAGUUCAGUCCUGGCGAUCGGACCGAGUAUACUCAUCCUCCCGUCGGGGUUCAGAAUGCCGCGUAUGAUCCCGCAUAUUGGCGAUCAGCCGAUGGCCGUCCCGUACGCCGUCUUCAAACCCCAGCCGACCCCCCUGCCACUCAUCACCCUCGUCCACCCAUGCCCACCAUCCCCGAUGACUUUGCCGAACAGCUCGACGCCCUGGUCGCCGGGUAUCGAGACAGACAAUCCACCCCGGAGUCUUCGUCGGGCAGUUCGUCACACAAUGGAGAAUCAAGCAGUGAUCAUGGCCCGUUACAAGGUGCACAUCCGGAAUGGCAGCCACCACCAAUCUCGCCACCAGGAUGGGAGCCCGAGUCGCCCACACCCAUAGCCAACAGUGCCCGGCAGUCAAGCAAGCGACCCAGAAGUGAAUCUGAGGAUCAGUCGCCCUCUCCUUCUCCUUCUUCCAUAUCCAGAUCCAGCCCAGAUACUCCCAACAAACGACCGAAGGUCAUGCUGAGAUUCCCCAACUUUGCAAAGGCAGCCCAAGCCCAAGCCCGUCCAACUAGCCGUGGAAGUGAUGGAAUCGUCCCUACCACCCCACAACAGCCAGGACCAGGACCAGGACCGCUGAAGCAUCGACUCAAGAUGCCAUCGAAGCCCACGAAGCCAAAGUUGACUCUACAGAUCCCCCAAGGUCCGAGACAAGUCAUCAUGCUGAGAUUCCGCCUGCCAGCAAAAUCUACAAUUUCUGUUCACGGUAAGUCUGGAAGUGGCAACGGCGCAGGAUCUGGUCCCCGUACUCGAGCCAGCAACCGCUCAUCCCAGUCCGCUGCGAUCAGACCUGCACAAGCAAUGCAAGGCCCCAUGACGCGUAGCCGCUUGAGACAGCUACAGCUACAGCUCCAAGUCAGCAACCGCUCAAGCCAUGCAUCCCAGCCUACUACGAUCAGACCGGCACAAGCAAUGCAAGGCCCUAUGACGCGUAGCCGCUUGAGACAGCUACAAGUCCAUGCCAGCCAGCCUGGGAACCAAGCAAAGAUGGACCAGCUGGAGGCUUUCUUGCGCCAUGCAAACGGUGUCUCGCGCUGA